AUGUCGGCAACAAAUUCUACGAUAAGCUGGCUUCAAGCCUUCCAGCCCUUGCCGCUCCUCGCCCUGAACACGAUGUUUCAACCGGUCGGCCGCGUCCUCGGUUCUCCUGCAAACAAUGUAGGAUGGCUCCGAGCUUCACCCUUCAUUUGCGCCCUUGGGGCUCUGGCGCUUGUCUUGCGGUUGCUAGCCUAUUGCGCCUUACUCUAUGCGACUGUUACCCCGCGCAAAGCCAUGCUUAUCAUCGGAAUGGAUUACUUUGACAAAUACGAGACUGAUCACAUUAGUCAAAAACGCACGACAAUCACGAUGAUAUCACGGCAUGUUACAUUUCUUAUCAGCCUAUUGCCACUGAUAUAUGUAUUUGGUUCGUGGCGAGAAAUCAGAUGGACAAUGGCUUGGGCAUGCAUGUUCAUUGCUUCGUACUUGGUGUUGGAGAUUGUAAUGCAGAUUGCCAGGCAUUUGCUUGAAGAAACACUAGAGGAUGCUACCGGUUUCGAAUUGGAGGCAUUUAUUGGAGAUGACGAUGACGACAAAACACCACAUACAGGUACGGAAGACACCAUGCAUGAAGCGAGCGAUGAGGACCAAGCUAUGAAUGGGAACGUCCAAGGCAUAAAUGAUAUUGACGGCUCUACGGUCCCCCAACCGGAGCCCACAGGAUCUGCGAACAGAACCAACCCUUCUGACCUGGAAGUCGCAAAGGAUAACAACACCAAAUAUGAUGAUCCCUUCACAUCAGCUCGGCUUUCAUCCUUGAAGCACGCUCUCAAUUACUGCGAUAGAGUCCUUUUGAAAUUGGGGGACAGGAUUAUGUGGUCUGGGUAUCCCAGUUAA